UUGGUCAUUUUUAUCUUUUUGUGACUUAUAUAAGUCAGUUAAGAAAAUUUUUGUGGCAAGUCAUUAAAUUUUAUUUUGUAUUAAUAAAACUACUUAGCUGUGGUCUACCGUACAAGACUAUAUGAUAACUUUACUAAGCUAACUUGGAUCUUUUGAGAUAUUAACUCAAACUUUAAUAGUAAAUUGGUUUGGUGUCCUGUACUUAAAUGUGCAGAUUGUGGGCUGAACUUCACCUCAUCUCCAUACAAACCAACCGGUGAAUGCAUUGCUAUCGAUCAAGAAAUGAUAAAUGAAUGGGACAGUUUCCCCACCACAAGAUGCUGCCAAAAUGCCCUCAACUUCUUCUCUCAUGCAUUAGCUAAUCAAGCAAUUCAACAAGGGAACCUCUUUCUCCAUCGCGAUCAAUGGGGACGUUGCACCUCUGGAUCCUUUAAGCACCAGCCCUCUGUUUCUAUCAGUAAAUGUGGACUUGAUCACCUCUAUCAAGAAAGCAGCCGAUGCUCUACCCUUUCUUUGACAAGUGUUGUGCAGAAUCAGAAUUUUAAGAAUGUCUGGUACAACUGUUCACGUUUCAAUUCCUCUAACUUCGACGAUGCUUGUAGAGAUUGCACAAGUGCCAUCAAAUCUACGAGGGAUCAUUUCCUUGAACAGUUAAAUGCAAAAGAUAAUGGAACUGAGAGAGCUAUAUGUCUUGUGGCUGUUGUCAUUUCAGCUGCUACCACAAAAUUAAAUGAUCCUUCUUUAAUCGACGAUUUCUUCAGAUGUUUGCCAGGGCUGAAUACUCUAGAUUCUUUAGCGAAAGCAUUGGUUGCAAUAGUUUUAGCAACAUUUGGGAUGAUGAUGGUGAUCUUUCUAGUUAAGUAUGUAACAAGAAACGCUAGGGCUGGACGAAAGCUUCUUCGUUCAAAACCAAAGAUGUUCCCUUCUUGUCCAGGGCUAUAUACUUUCUCGAAAGCUGAGAUUGAGAACGCGAUAAAUUAUGGAGAUGAGAAGAAAUUCCUGGGACGCGGUAGUGCAGGGCAAGUUUUCAAAGGGGUUCUUCCUAGUGGACAAGUAGUUGCUAUCAAGCAGAUUUAUAGAAGUAAUACGUCAGAUUCUUUCAGUAGAGAACUCGAGAAUCUUUCCAGAGUCAGACAUCCUAAUCUUGUUUGCCUCUUUGGGUGUUGCAUUGAAGACGGUGAACAAUAUUUAGUCUACGAGUAUUGCUCUGCUGGAAAUCUAGCUCAACAUCUUCUGAGUAAGUAGAGUAGAGUAAUUUUUCAAAAUCGAUCGUUUUCACCCUCUU